GUGAUUGGCCAAGGUCUUUGCGGAGAGGUGGUCCUCGCGUACAGUCGAGUGGGCCGGCGAAAGUACGCCCUGAAGAGGAUACGGAAAAAGAACGCGACGUGGGCCAAGUUGCAGCAGCUCACGGAGGAGGUCGAGAUCUACUUAGCCCUGGAUCACCCGCACAUCGCUCGCCUGCACAACGUCUACGAGACGGAGGACAACAUCUCGCUGCUCACCGAAUAUUGUGAGGGCGGCGAGCUGUAUUUCAGCCUCCAGGAGCGAGGCGUCUACAGCGACGUGGACGCCGCGGAGGCCGCGCGGCAGAUGCUUCGCGCGGUGGGCUACCUCCACGCUCACAAAGUUGUGCAUCGAGAUUUGAAGCUCGAGAAUUUCUUGUACGAGCGGAAAGAGGCUGACCCAAAUCCGCACUUGAAGCUCAUCGACUUCGGUUUCGCGAAGGUCUGGGAGGACGGGACCACUCCACGAAGAUGA